CCCCCCUUCCGCAUUCCAUCCACCUGAACCCACGCGCGGACAAAACGAAAACGCACACACAGCCAGCCAGCCAGCCUCACUCAUGCCGCCCAUCAAGGUGGUCGUGUCGGGCGCCGGCAACAUCAAGCGCCAGCCGGAGCUUGGCGUCGUCUCCGUCCGCGUGCUCUCCCGAGGCCCCGAGCAGGCGGCCGUGUCGGCCGAGGUGCGCAAGGCGGCGCAGGAGAUCCAGGCGCAGGUGCGGCAGCUGGCGGCGCCGCGGCACGCCGACUACCGCGCGCCCUCGCCGGCCGUCGACGCCGCCGUCACGCGCUGGACGUCGGGCUCCAUGACGACGCGCUCGUUUUGGCAGCGCAGCAAGCCCGGCGACGGCGAAGAGGGCCCCCGCCGCCGCCGUCGCCAUAACACCUUUUACGGCGCCCGGACGCACGUCGCCAUGACGAGCGGCUACUCGUCCGACUCGUCGCAGGGCGAGCGCGACGAGGAAGGAGGACAGGGAGAACAAGGAGAACAAGACCAGCAGCGGCGCACGCGCGUCUACGAGGCCAGCGUGGGCCUCACCGCCACGUUUCGCGACUUUGAUAGCCUCAGCGACUUCACCACGCGCCUGUCCGUCAUGCCGCUGGCCAGCGUCCGCGGCGUCGACUGGUUCCUCACCCCCGAGACGCAGGCCCAGCUUCGCGACGAGGCCCUGCGCUCGUCGUACCGCGACGCCCUUGCCAAGGCGAGGGCCUACGCCGAGGCCAUGGACAAGAAGUCGGCCAAGCCCGUCGAGGUCCGCCAGGUCGGCAAUUCGUUUCCGCGCCUCAUGGCCUCUGGUCACGCCGCCCUGUAUGCCGACAUGCGUGUUGCCGGCGACGACGACGACGAUACGCAGGAGCAGCACCUGACGUACCAACCCGAGGACGUCUCCUACGACGUCGACUGCGAGGUCACGUUCGAGGUCGAGUGAGCCAAGUACUAACGUAUGGAAGUUGGCUGUGUACUACAAUCAUUUCCAUCAAGGAGGGCCCCGAGCAGCGCGGAGCGAGCCCGUUCCAUCCCAGUGAUGAUUGACGCGGUGCUUCCGAUUCUGCCAUAUAUCCAUCAAUGUGAAAUAUGUGCUACCUACGAAGUAGUACGUAGUACUUUGUCGAUGCGACAGGCCCUCGCUCCAGGUGAACAAACAAACAAACAACACAGCGCCCGGCUCUGGAAAAUGCCCCCUCCCUCACGCAUCCAUCACUACAUGACACUCAUUUUGCCGCGGCCUCCUUGGCCUCCUCAGCCCGCUUCUUCGCCAGCCCGCCCAACUUCUCCACCGCUGCGGUCAGGACGGGCGGGUUCGCACCCUGCACCAUCUUCUGCCCGUGGACGGCGACCUGCGUGCCGUCCUUGAAGAAGAGAAAGGUCGGCAUGGCCGUGAUGCGGUACCGCAUGGCCAGCUCCUUGACCUGGUCGACGUUGACCUUGACGAGCGCCAGCUGGCCCUCGACGGCGUGCUUGCCGCUCAGCUGCUCGAAGACGGGCGUGAUGGCCUUGCACGGCGGGCACCAGUCGGCGAAGAAGUCGACGGCGACGUACGUGUUGCCGGCGAAGACCUCCUCGAGCUCCGCGUUGGACUUUACUUCCCGAACCAUGGCGUUGUGUUGGAUGGCGUGUCUUUAUUUACGCACGGUGUGUGUGGAAUGGACCGGAGGCUCCGGAUCGGAGGUGUCAAGUGUGGGAUUUCCGUAGUACGCAAAAUAUGCUCUGAGACGGAUUUGACGCGGCUUGGACUGUCGAUGAAACGCAGAGAAUGCAGAUAAGGACCGUGGGCCGGUGCCGGUUGUAAAAUAUGCAAAAAACGUUUACGCGUUGGGGACGUGGACUUGCAACUAAUGAAUGG